CAAUACUAUGCGCCUUGAAUCGAUAUUAUUUUCAGAAUCGCCUUUUACUAUUCGCCUUGUUUAUGAUUUUGACAGAAUUUCGCCAUUUGCUUUCGCCGUGUUUACGUUUUGAUUUCAGUUUCGCCUUCUACUAUCGCCGUGUUUACGUGUUGAUUUCAGUUUCGCCUUUCACUUUCGUAAACAAAACACCAAACAAAACAAAGGAGUAGAAGGCGUAAUUCUUGUUUUUGUUCGUUUGGAAUAGAAUGGGAUUACGCCUUUCACUCAAUCAGUGAUUUUCAAUAGUUAGAAAAGUGAUAUCAAGGAAACUUUGUGAGCAUUUAGAAGACAAAUCUAGCUUCUUUUCACUCCUGCAAUUACUCAAAUUGUGUACAUUUUGUUGGUUACGGCUAUUUCGCUAAUUAUUACGGAUUUGUUGUUCAAAUAAUACAAGAACUUACCUGCAAAUCCAUAAAUCAGAUCAAGGACUAACUUUAAGCAUACUAUCAAAGUUUAUCAGGUACAGAAAUCCCAUCGAAAUGGCCUUCCAAGUGUUCAUCAAAACCGAGCAAGAUCCACUUCCCAUAGAAGCGAGAAUAAAAAUUGAAGACGAGGAGGAUGCGACGUAUUCAUUGCCCGUAGAACCGGACAUAAAAGUGGAGGAACCACCGGAUGUGGUCGAGCCCGAGGCAGGGCCAUCAGCUCUCACCACUGCCAAGAAGCCCCAUCUCAAGCCAGUGAAAACCAAGAUGUGCAUUCGGAAGUCCGACAUGCGCCAGUGUCGGCUGUGCCUGAGGGUCCUGGCGCGGGAGGACGUACGCGAGACAACCACCCCCGGGUCGGACUUCCGUCGGAAGAUCAUGGACGCCGUCGGGGUCAAGAUUACCGCCGAGGACAAGCUCAGAACGGUUUGCAUCAACUGCCUGCUGGUGGUGGACAUGAUCUAUGACUUCCGGGCGGCGUGCAACAAGGCCAACACACUGCACGCGAUCAAACUGCUGAUGAUGCAUCCGGGCAGUUGGAUGAGCGAGGAGAACAAGACCACGAUAGAGGCCUGCCACCGGGCUUUGAAACGGAACCGAGCCGAGAUGGAUGGGUUGUUCAACUGCUCCUGGGUUGGCGGGAACGCUGGAAAGAAAUUCCGAACGACACAGAAGGAAGUGGUGCUAGAUAGCGGAGAUGCUCCGAAGGUUGGGAAAGGCGAGCUCAGCGACAGCGAUCCGGAAAUGAGCGAGGAGUUCGGGAAGCAGGUGGAUCAACAAAUGCGUCACCAAGAUUCGAUCGACGCCAGUUCCGACGACGAAAAAACCAAGCCAGCUCCUCCACGGGUGAAAAAAGAUUCCACCACUCGCUUCAUGUGUGACAUUUGUGGUUCCCUGGUGCUAAACAACAACGCAGAACAUCACAAGAACAUGCAUUUGGGCGUGAGACCUUACAGCUGCGACUUGGAGGGCUGCGAUGCUACGUUCCAUUCGUUGAGGGCCAAACGCAAGCACUGCACCAGCAAAGGUCAGCACAUUUCGACGGCGGAGCAGGAGAAGCAAAUCAAGUGCGAACUGUGCCACCGAAUGGUCAAAUCCAAGAAUAUGCGAUCGCACAUGUGGGCACAGCACUCCAACAAGUCCAUUCAUCCGCUGAAGACGCAGUGCAAAAUUUGCGAGAAGUAUUACUACAAGAUCUACAUCAAGGACCACAUGGCGACCCACACGGGAGAGCUGCCACACAAGUGCGAGUUUUGCGGCCGAGGAUUUGCCGCCUACAACAACCUAGUGAUUCACAGACGAAAGUACCACAGCGAACAGUUGGGAUUAACGUGAGAAAAGACUUGGAUUUCGAAGCAUUAAUAAUAUGAACGGCAACUCUUCAUCGAUGUUCAACAAUAAACAGAACUCCAAAAAUAUAA